AUGGAGCUCUCGGCCGUCGGGGAGCGCGUCUUCGCGGCCGAGGCCCUGCUCAAGCGCCGCAUCCGCAAAGGGCGCAUGGAAUAUCUCGUAAAAUGGAAGGGCUGGUCUCAGAAGUACAGCACUUGGGAACCCGAGGAGAACAUCCUGGAUGCCCGGCUGCUCGCAGCCUUCGAGGAAAGGGAGCGAGAAAUGGAGCUAUACGGGCCCAAAAAGCGAGGCCCCAAGCCCAAAACCUUCCUGUUAAAGGCCCAGGCAAAAGCAAAAGCCAAAACCUAUGAAUUCCGCAGCGACUCUUCCAGGGCGAUCCGGGUGCCGUAUCCCGGCAGGUCCCCCCAGGAGCUGGGCUCCACGUCCCGGGCUAGGGAAGGACUGAGAAACAUAGCCCUGGCUCCCCAGGGCAGCUCCAGCACCAGCACCCCCAAGGCAGACAGCAUCCGGGACCGGGUGAUCCGCGUGGAGGAGAAACCCGGGGAGACCCCCAAAAAGAGAGGCCCGAAGCCCAGGAAGGAGCUUUACAAGGACCUGGCGGAGACUCUGGAUGCCUCCAAGAGGAAACUGGGGGAGCCGGGGGACAAGGUGGGGGACUACCUGAAGGCCAGGAAGAUGGAGGAGGCGGGGGCGGCCAAGUUCGGCUCGGGACACAGCGUCAUCCAGCUGGCCAGGCGGCAGGACCCCGACCUCGCCGGCGCCCUGCCCGGCCCCAACCGAGCCGAGGCGGGCGCCAAGCUGGGAGCCGCCGAGACCUACCCUCCCCGGCUGGCCAAGCACCGGGCGGACUUUCUGGACCCCAAGGGGCAGGGGGGGCUGGACCCCGGCGGGCCCAAGCUCCUGCACGGCGCAGUGAGCCCGGGCACCGUGGGCAGCCUGUACCGCGACGGCGUGGGGGGCCAGGCGGGGCGGCCCUCCCUCAUCGCCAGGAUCCCCGUCUCCAGGAUCCUGGGGGACCCCGAGGAGGAGUCCUGGAGCCCCUCUCUCAACAACCUGGAGAAGGUGGUGGUAACUGAUGUGACCUCUAACUUUUUGACCGUCACCAUCAAGGAGAGCAGCACGGACCAAGGAUUCUUUAAAGAGAAGCGAUGAGGUUGUCGGAGGUGGUGCUGGGGUUUUCUUCGGUCAGAUCCAGACAAAAGCUUGGUUAGA